UGUAACAUCUACCUUUGUCGUUCAUGGCUGUUUCACAUUUGAAUACAGAAAUAUUCGAAUUAUUUUCUCAAUUGUAAAGUGCAUCCUUCAAUUCUUUCUGGCCAUGACUCCUACGAAGGAUGAAAGAAGAGUUCUGGAAUCAGUUAUUGGCAAAGAAGUGCAUUACAUUGAAGCUUUGGUCAACGAUGGAGCAAAUAUCCCGAUCGACGUUGAUGUUGGCAGCUACGAAAUUCAUCUACCGCCUUGGUAUGACGAGGAAAAAUUUAAGCGUGGUCAACAGUUUUUCCAGGAAAAUCUGUCCGCGGUGGUAACGGCCGGAUUUUGCGGCCUAAUUUCGGUGCUCGCCAUUCCUUCGAUAUUGGAAGUGCUGAUAUUCACCCAGCAAUCGUCAACGACGACGACGGCCUACAAGCGUUACGUACUCACCGUGCUGCAUACGUUGAAUUGGUACUUUGAGGAAUUGCGCCCGGGAUCCAAAUCAUGGAAAUCUCUGGAAUACGUACGUCGAAUUCACACCGUCAGUGGCAAACGAGCUAACGCGAAGGACUCGAGGAUGCUCGUUUCCCAAAAGGACGUCGCCAUUACACAGUUUGGUUUUGUGGGAUACGUUGUACUGAGCCACCGAAAACUCGGCGUUCAAUACAGCCGAGAAGGCAUGGAAGGAUUCAUUCAUCUGUGGCGAACUAUUGGCUUCAUGCUGGGACUGGAGGACCGAUUCAACCUGUGCACCGAUGAGCUCAACGCUUCCUACCAAAGAAUGAUGCUGGUAAACGACCACUUUAUGCGUCCCGGGUUGCAGAACCCUAGCGCCGAGUUCACCCAUAUGACCCGAGCCAUGAUCGAUGGGAUGUGGUGCUACAGUACGUUAUUGGAGUAUGAUGCGUUCAUGUUUCUCACCAGGCGUCUGUCGAGUGUUCCCGGUCACUACUACUGGUCCGUUGAACCUCGAGAUGGCACCAGGCCUGUUUAUAAGGACCUAGGUUGGUUUAGCCGGGUGAUGCUGUUUGUACUUAUGACGAUCCACGAAGUUCUACUGAAUAUUACCGUGCUACGAUUGUACAGCAAUUGGAUGUUCCGAUUCAAUACGAACGUAGUUAAUAAGUACUUCCCCGUGUUGGCAAUGGUGAAGCAUGGUUUAAGGAAAGCCUAUGUGAAAAUUGUUUAUUGAAGGAAAAUAAAUGUAAGGUUUGAGUAAGAUUUCGUGCAUAAACUGCAGAUCAGAUUGAGUGGAAUCUGUGAACAAAUCGUGAUCAAGAAUGAUCUGAAGCUGAAGCACUUUUAGCGGCCACUUUAAUAGAGUCUGAUGGUGGAUAUGCCUUAUUCUUCAAGAAUUACAGAAACUCCUUCCUCAGAUCUGAACUUCACUGGAGGUUUGAUUGAUUUAGUUUUGUUUGCAGUUUCAUUAAUUGCACAGCUGAAUUUUCGCUAAUAACUUGAUCAAAAUUAGCACAUUCCUUCCAGCCUUCUUCCCUUAACUUCAGCGCAGUGUAGAGUAGUUCAGAGGUUGUGUGUUAUGCUCAUACAUUCUCCAAAACAAAACAUAACGAAAACAGGUAAGUUUUUAUCUGUUAUACAACUACCUUUUGGUUCGAAUUGAUAAUUCUGCGGAGGACACCGAUGGCCGGUCAAUUUUCUUUUUGUUGUCUGCUUCAACCAUUCAGCGUGUUGCGAUAAAUAGGCGCCGAGCUUACGGUUACAUUGGUCCCAUUUUUAAAUCAGUGUAAUGCUAAAUCGCAAAUCGCUACUUGAAACACUUGCAUAGGCUUUAUCAAAUUUCGCAAUAGACCAUUUAUCACCUAUUUGAUCUAAGAAAAUGUUUAGUAUUUUUGCUUUUUGAACAUCUCGUGGUUCCGAAAUAGUUUCUCGAAUGACGUUGAACCACAGAGAACAGACGUUCAACUGCAGUCAGAAACUUCUGUAAAGGGUAGGGGUUAAAAUUGCCGUUACGGCCGCUAGAAUUUUCUGAUUUCCUCUAUAAAUUUGGCAUCAAUGACCAAUUUGUCAAUAAAUACUAUUGCCCAAUUGGUCAUUGAAGGCGAAUCAAUUUUCUGUUAAAAAUUGCCACUGACAGCACUGCCAUUUGGUGAAUUUUCACUUAAAUUUGUCAGAUGGAAAUUUUUCAAAUAAACCUGCUAUUCUUAGCUGCAUACAGCUGUCGUGACCGGACCGAGGUUUCCAGCCUCGGACACGGCUACACGAAUUAGCGAUGCAGCUCCCACGGGUGCGGCUUUUUCUAUUGCUGUUCCUGCCAGAGCUGGUAAAUAUCACGGCCAUCAUAUGACGACGAGUAAACA